CGGCUGGAGGAGGAGGAGGAGGAGGAUGGGACACUGCUGAUGCUGAUGCGAGAGCUUUCGGUGUGUGACUGUGAUCAACAUCGGUGGACUGUUCGCCAAAUGAUGGAGUUUUUUGGUCUUAUUUCACACCCUUUUCGUUCCAUUAUUGGCUUCGACGAGGGACGCUGUGGCUGCUGUGUUUUUUGAGACUAAGAUAACAGAAGAAUUUAAGGAGGAAUGGACGGUUUCGUGUCGUCACUCGUCUGGCCUGUCUUGUGACAGACACAGGUGGAUUGCCGCUGGAAAACGGCAUCGAAAUGAAGACGUACUCUUGAACUAUCGCAGAGGCGACCGUUUCCGUAGUUACCUCUUAAACAGCGCAAUACACAAACUACCAUUUGGUUUUAUUAAAUUAAGAGAGGUAGAAGCUGGACUGUUUGGCGUGUUAGCUAGCUAAUAGGCUAAUUUGGUUAGCUAGUCAGUUAGCAGCUUCUCUGGCCAAUGGAACGAAAGACGUGGGAUGCUCGAAGGAGGAGCUAACGUUAGUUGCUAGCAUAAAUUCAUUGGAAGGUUUGACGGGGUGUUAUAUUUAGUAAACCGCCUUGAAAGGUUGAACACUAGGUCGGGUUAGGUUUGAGCAUAGGCUGUAUGAGGAGCACUGGUCACACCGUUUCCUCGCUGCACUGUGGCUCCUCAGAAAAGAAGCUUGCGAUGUAUAACAUUGGAUAAUCGGCUAAGAAAGCUAAUGUUGACAAACACUGCUGAUUUAAUCAACGCGGUUUUUUUUCGUUUCCAAUUGGCUCACGAGGAGAGAUGUUGAUACUUAAUUUCUGAGACUUUAUUGAAGUGAUUCACCAGUUUUCAGGCGGAAGCGAAGCAUGUUAACGUUGGAUGUGAUGCAGCGCAAACAUUUGGCAACAACCGGGAGUGGACCUGCCAUGCCAGAAAGACACAUAGUAGGUCAAAACACAUCAGAGACAGAGUAUGCCUUUCGAAUUUAGCUAACAUUGUUGUCAAGAUGUGGAUGGCAACUGACGUUAGUGAAGUUAAGACAACAAAUGUGUUAAUCCGUUGCCUGACUGACAUUGUUUCUAAACCUACCCAACUUUCUUCUUAAAACUACACCUACUAGUCUAGCUAGCUAGCUAAGUGUUACUGUUAUUUAUAAAAUCAGAAUACCGGCCUGUAUUUUAAAUAUCAGACGUAGACCAUGCUUGUAAGAAUCCCACACAUUCAUUUCAAGAUGUCAUUGUUGGAGACGUGUAAUGCCAUUUAAAACAAACCAACAAAAAAAGCAUGGCAUUUAAGCUAAAGAACAUGAGCUCGACGACAGCAGUGAGAUAAUACAGCAGCUUUCUGAAGUUUGUAAAGUGGAACAGCCAAUAUAAAUGGAACCGACAGUUCUGUCUGGCCCUUUGGGGCACACACAGUGGGAGUCAGAACAGCCAUUUCCUCUCGGAUUUCACACACUGGAUUCAGACAAUGGAGGUGUGCUCUGUCAAAACAAGGGUGACCAGAUAGGUUUGGAUUUCAGAAGUGGCGACCAGGAUCAAACUUCCCAGCAUAGUGUAGAAAAAAACAGUUACCAGGACAAGCCAGUAAAGCUGGACAACCUCAUAAAUAUCUCCGUUUUUCCUCGUGGUGAUUUACUGUUUGAGGGAGAUCAGUCCAAUAGUUCCCAAGCCUCUCUCCAUAGUAGUCAUGUAGAGGAAUUGUCCUUCACAGAAAAAACUGAGGGACCUGAUGAACUUAGUGACUGCACUUUGUCAUGGCUAUUUUCUCCCAAAUUUACUGAUGGGAUUGGGAUUAACUCUGCCCAUGAGGAACUGAGUCUGAUGCAGGAUGCCUCUCCUGAGAGCCCAGAUGCCCUCAAUAGUAAGGCUGAGCUAGUAAGUCUCAAUGUACCGGUCUCUCCAUCGAAAAUUUCCGAGAGAAAUUCUGAGACCGACACAGGGGAUCCAUUUUUGUUGGUGGAUCUCCUCUCUUGCCUCCCCCCAGAGGCUUCAGGUGAGUUGAACCCACAGGGUGUCAGUGAGGAGCUGGUAGGCCAGUCGCAAGAGGAGCAGGCGGGUCUCCCUCCCACGCCGAGCUGGGAGACUUUGUCACCCGAAACUAGAGACAAAGGUUUAUUAACUGAUCAAGUGACUGUUCUGCCUGUAAACUGGAGCACUGCCCUGCAUGGUUUACCUGAGAACUGCCUCCCGCAUAACCACGUCAGCAGACCGUUGGAGUGCUUUGCAGGAUCUGUGCCUUUGUUGGAUUUAGAUGUUCCAGAUUGUGACAGUAGUCUGAGCCUGUGCCCUGCCAGUUCUCCCUCUGUUACCUGCACAGGUCCACCAUUGGAUUUAUCAACCGAGGAGUCGGAGGUGGAACAUGCAGGAGCUACUGUAAAUAGAGAUGUGACUUCAGACCAAGGCGAGAAUGACUCAUUUGUUCUGGGUUUGACAGCUGAACCCUCAUCACUGACAGUGCCUCUGGGUGAAGAUGCCUUCAACCCGGGUGAUUUCACCAGUGAGAGUUGCUCUGUGGAAAAUGAGUCUAAGGAUUUAAUGGACGACGAUAUUUGUUCUGAAGCCAAAAAUCAGGGGAAUGAGGCAAUGGCUUUGGAUCUGUGUUUGACUGCUGACCAGGUCCAUGACACCGAAACGUGGGACUUGAAACCACAGGAGGGUGUACAGAAUGAAAGUGUUCCUGCUCCAACAACUGAGUCGAGUAAAGAGGAGAGGUUGACAGACAGUAACCAGCUCGAAGGAUCAGAUUGUCAUGAAGUGUCUUCUUUUGAUUUUUCAGUCCAGGAUUUGCAUACUUCUUCUCCUGAGGCUGCAUGGACUAGUGAGCAAACUGUGGAGACACUUUGUCUCUCUAAUAUGGUGGCAGAUGACUCACUGCCGAUGGUUUCAGCUGAGAAUAUAAGGGAGGAAGACGUCUCCCCUCUAAAAGCUGUGUUCGAUGCUUUAGACCAAGAUGGAGAUGGAUUUGUUCGUAUUGAGGAGUUUAUGGAGUUUGCUGCUGCCUAUGGGGCCGAUCAGGUGAAGGAUCUGACCAAGUUUUUGGAUCCCAGUGGACUGGGAGUGAUCAGCUUUGAAGAUUUCCAUCGUGGAAUCUCUGCAAUCAGCAAUGGAGGUCCAGAGCCACCGCUCUACAAUGUAAACUACAGUCCAGGCGAUGGAGCUGUGGGCUGUCCAGAGGAGUACGAUGAGCAAAAUGAGGUGACGGACAGUGCGUACCUGGGCUCCGAGAGUACUUACAGUGAGUGUGAGACCUUCACUGAUGAGGACACGGGGGCCCUCGUACCCCCCGAGAUGCACGAGGACGUGGAGACGGACAGCGGCAUCGAGGCCACACUGCACGACCCUGAAGAUGGUGGAAAUAGGUUUUCCCUGAACUCUGAGCUACAUAACCACUCUCUGGUGACGGUCAUCGGUGGAGAGGAGGAGCACUUUGAGGACUUUGGGGAAAGCAACAGCUCCGAGUUGCUACUGGAGAGCAGCGUGGAGGGGACCGAGGGGGAGGGCCACUCCCCUCUGGUGCUGCCACCUGAGCAGAUCAAUGGCUCCUCACUGCUUUCUCCCAGUGCACCUGCUCCUCUCCCUGACUGCUUUCAGAGCUUCCUCAGGGAGGAGGCGCUGGACUUUUUCUGUAGUCAGUGUCACAAACAAAUAAGUCGUCUCGAGGACCUCUCCACUCGUCUCAAUUUCCUAGAGAUGACUAGCGCUGGCAAGAGGCUCUCCAGCAAGAAAGUAGCAAGACAUCUCCUCCAGAACAGCUCGAUGACGCUGGACACCAUGAGCGACUUGACGCGGGACAUCCUGGAGCUCGCUGACAACGACAUCACAGACAAGGUGCUCCUGCUUGAGCGUCGAGUUGCGGAGUUGGAAAAGGAGUCCGAGUCAUCGGGGGAGCAGCACGCGCGGCUGCGCCAGGAUAACCUUCACCUGGUGCACCGUGCCAAUGCCUUAGAGGAGCAGCUCAAGGAGCAGGAGGUCCGCGCUGACGAGAAACUACAGCAGGAGACCCGUCGUCACAAGGAGGCCCUGAUCAAGCUGGAGAGGGAGAGAGGGCUGGAGCUGGAAAACCUGCAGGCCAGGCUGCAGCAGCUGGACGAGGAGAACAGUGAGCUGAGGUCCUGUGUUCCAUGUCUUCGAGCAAACAUCGAGAGACAAGAGGAGGAGAAGAGAAAGCUGCAGGAUGAGACAGAAGCCAUGUGCGACAGGCUGCAGGACGAGACGGAGUCCCGCAGGAAAAUGGCUGACAAGCUGAGCCAUGAGCGCCACCAGAACCAGAAGGAGAAAGAGUGCACUCAGGAGCUCAUUGAGGACUUGCGUAAACAGCUCGAGCACCUCCAACUCUACAAGCUGGAAGCUGAAGCAAAGAGAGGGCGUACGCCGGGCGCGGGGCUGCAGGAAUAUCAGACCCGCACACGCGAAGCCGAGCUGGAGCAAGAGAUCAAACGACUCAAACAGGACAACCGCAGCCUGAAGGAGCAGAAUGACGAGUUAAACGGCCAGAUUAUCAACCUGAGCAUCCAGGGAGCCAAGAACUUGAUGUCGGCCUCCUUCUCCGACUCCCUGGCAGCUGAGAUCAACAAUGUGUCUCGUGUAGAGUUGAUGGAGGCAGUCCACAAACAGGAGGAGAUCAACUACAGACUCCAGGACUACAUUGACAAGAUCAUUGUGGCCAUCAUGGAGUGCAACCCCUCCAUCCUUGAGGUCAAAUAGACUCCAUGCAGCCAGGAAGGCCGUGCACAGGGUCUCCUCAGGCUGUUAGAAAUACUGGAGACUUGGCUAAAAGAAAACUACUGGGAGGAUGUAAUAAAAAUUUUGGUAGGAAAACACCACGCACUCAACUUAUCCAACUUCCCCCCCCCCACAAAGGUGAAGGACUUAAGAUUCCUAAGAAGUCAAUGGCUGUCAUUGAAAAAGAAAAAGAAGCAAUUUUCAGUUAAUAUCCCUUGAGUCUGUACUUAUUUGUGAGUGUAUGUGUUAACUCUCCUGAAUACACUUGGGUUCUGGUGACCUCCAUGUAUUUGGCAAGAGGGACCCGAGUCUCCCCUUGUUGAAUGAGUGAAUGUUUAAAUGUGUACAAGAAGUCACAAAGAGUUAGAAAAUCUUCCUGUCCGUUUCCCUCAAAAACAGUGUCACUGUAAGCUAAA